AUGUCCACGCCCGACGCGCGCGAGUCGCGGCGCUCCCGCGCCGAGAUCGUCGCGCGCGUGCGCGCCCUGUACGUCGCGAGAACGGUCGUUUUUCUCUUCGCCCUGACCUCGGUCGCGCGAGCGACCGCGCGGCUCGAGCGUCGCCUGCGCUUCCCUCUCGACGCCGCGAGCGCGCUGGCGUGGACGUUCGUCCUCGAACUCGCCCUCGGCGUCGUCGCGUGGUGGGUGGCGAGUGGGAAGAUUUCGAAGGCGCUGGAGGACGCGGAGGACGCGGCGGCGAGCGCGCGGGAACGAAACGUCGAAAAGCAAACGACGCACGCACAGGAUGCGGGUGGACUGUGGUUGGCGACGAAAAACGGUGAUGUAGAUGGGGUGAUGUCGAUCGUGACGUCGAACCCGGAGACGCUGCGAGAGCGAGGACCGGUGGGGGAGACGCCGACCCACUUGAUGAUUUUGUACGGAGGCGCGUCUUCGUUGGACGCGUCGAAACAGUUAAUGGCAGCGAAAUACGUCGGUGAGCGACACCCGUGGACGCUGAACGACGUGUACGUGGGGGAGGAGUACAACGGGGAGUCCACGCUGCACAUCGCGGUGGUGAACGAGAACAUCGAGCUCGUACGAUGGUUGUUGCUGUACACUCCGGAUGUGAAGACGUUGCUUGAGGCGAGAGCGAUCGGAAAGUUCUUCGCCAAGGGCUCGCCGUGUUACUACGGCGAAUUUGCGCUGAGUUUUGCGUCAAGCACGGGUCAGUGCGAUCUCAUUGACGUGUUGUUGCGAGCUGGAGCGGAUCCCGCGGCGCAGGACUCGCACGGGAACACGUGCCUGCACAUGGCGGUGAUGCACAAUCAGCCCGAGGCGUACGAUAAGCUGUGCUCGUGGUGGGUGGAACAAGCGAACGAGGCGAGUAAAUAUGACUUGGAGCGAAUGCUAAACGCCGAUGGCCUCACACCGCUUUUAUUCGCGGCGCGAAGUGGGUUUCGGGAUAUGUUUGAGUUUUUGAUCGAACGAAGCUGCGUGACGGAGUGGUCGUACGGACCGGUUACGUGCAAGCGCAUGCCUCUGUAUGAGGUGGAUACGAGCAAUGGUUCGAAAAGCGCAUUGAAAGAAAUCGUCGAUAACGAUCACGAGGAUCUACUGGAACUGCCGUUGAUUCGAGAACUCAUUCAGCGAAAAUGGGAUGUGUACAUCGGCAAGUUGUACAUCUCGAGCGUGUGGCAGGCCGUGUCGUUCGUGCUAGCGAUGACGUUCGUGCACAUCAUGCCACACAAGGAAGUAGUAAAAGGUGAAUUAGAAGGUUUUGGAUUGACCGUCGCGCACACGAUGAAGACGGCAAUUUUAGGAGUGUGCGUGUUUCGGCUCUGGAGCGAGUGUUGCGGAGUACGUCGAGAUGUUUGGAGUGGCCAAAGCGCGGUUUCGACGAUGUUUUGCGCCACGUACAUCGUUUCUGUCGUUGCGCGUUUCCACAACGAUGUCGUGGCAGACGCGCUCUUGGCGUCGUCCUUUCUCCUCGCGUGGUUCUACGUGGGCUGUCUCUUUAUGGGCUUCCAAUCGAUUGGACACUUCGUCGUCAUGAUUCAUGAGAUAAUCAUCAACGACGUGCUCAAAUUCGGGUUGAUCUUGGCCAUGUUCCUCAUCGCCUUCUCCACCGCCAUUUACAUCGUCCUUCGCCCACCGACCGAGCGAAGCUUUGAGGAUUUCGCCGGGCAGCUCCUGUCGUCCUUCACGUGGCUCGCCGACGGAGGUUUCCAAGAGGACGUCGCCGAGGGCGCGGAGCGCGGAAAACCCCUCGCCGUGCUCCUUCUCGCCUCCUUUACCAUCAUCGGCUCCAUCGUUCUCCUGAACCUUCUCGUCGCGAUGAUGGGCGACACCUACUCCAACGUAUCCCAAAACGCCGUCGUCAAGUGGCGUCUCCAGCGCGCCAAAAUCGCCCUCACCCUCGAGCGCGCCAUCCCUCCCGGACGACGCGACCGACUCGACCGCGGGGUGUGGAUCGACGUCGCCCGCGCGCGCUUCUUACAGGUCCAGCUCGUGAACGGUCUCACCGCCAUCCAAUCCGGCGCCGAGGCCUAG